CUCAAGAGAUGUACAAAAACAUAACAUAGUGGAGAUAUCAACAUCACAAUUUAUGAUAGGUCCUUCAAGAGGAUACAUUUUUGUAGAUGUUUCUAAACACACUCUGCAUCUGAAUUCUUGAGGUGCCCAAGUACUGAUUACAGCUUUUUCAUCACUCAUCUUCAACUUUCAUCAAUUUUUUAAUUUUAUUUUUCUCUCGGAUACUAAACUGUGGAUCUCUGACUGUGGUCAGAAACAGAAAAACUACAAAAACAACCUGAGGUGACCUGUCACUGACAUGACAAGUGACAAGUUUGAUUUGAAAAGUCUUCAGCGUUUAGCCUACUUGCCAUUGUGUACUCUUAUUUUUUAUGAUAUAGUCAUACAAGUCAUACACAUAUAAAGAACAUAGCAAAACAAUCAUAAGAUUGACAUAAAAAAUUGACAGAUGUGAAUGUCAAUUUUCUUCAUAUCAUUCGUCAUUCGUUUAUUGUUGUUUGUUUUUAUUCUUUCAAAAUCAGAAUCAAGAUCAAAGAAAAAUAUACAGAUUACAGACUUCAUAGUGGAAAAAUAUGUGCAAACAGUGGUCUGCGAAUUUUCAAUUUUGAUUUUUGAAUAUCUCUACGUAUUGUAAUCUGAAUCACCAUCUUUCACAGUUCAUCUGGGGCCAAGUGAUUCAUAAUUAAAAAUUGAACGCAUUUCUUCAGUUAUGGAUGAUGAUAUAUUGACAACACUUAAAAUAUUAAUAAUAGGCGAGAGUGGAGUAGGAAAAUCUAGCUUAUUACUUCGUUUCACAGAAGACAAUUUUGAUCCUGAACAAACUCUAACUAUUGGUGUGGAUUUCAAAACAAAAAGGCUGACCAUUGAUGGCAACACAGUGAAACUUGCUAUAUGGGACACUGCAGGUCAAGAAAGGUUCAGAACACUGACUCCUUCAUAUUAUAGAGAUGCACAGGGUGCCAUAUUAGUGUUUGAUGUUAGUAGUUAUGCCACUUUUUCUAAGCUGGAGACAUGGCUAAAUGAGCUUGAAACAUAUUCCACAAAAAGUAACAUAAUAAAGAUGAUUGUAGGUAACAAAAUUGAUGUGGAAAAACGGGAAGUUUCAAGAGAAGAAGCUAUGAAGUUUGCCAGGAGACAUCAAAUGCUCUAUAUUGAAGCAAGUGCAAAAACAAAAGAUGGUGUUAAUUCAGCUUUUGAAGAACUAGUACAUAAAAUAAUUCAAACUCCAGGAUUAUGGGAUUCAUAUGCAGGUGACAAUAUACAUAUUGGGAACAAGGACCAUACACCACAGUCAGGUUGUGCUGGCUAUUGUUCUUUAGUAUAAUCAAUCUUCACAAUAUAUAAAAUUAUGGCUUAUGUAAAUUUCCUAUCUAAUAACAUAGUAAUAUAUGAACAUAUAUCAUAAAAACUAAUUUAAAUACUAUCAAUUGAUGUAGCUUGAUGAUAAUUUUAUGCUUUGGAGAGGUGAAAUUGAAAGAGUUUUAUGCAUGUGUACAGUAUCAUGUUAUAUAUUUAUCUAGAAAACAAAUUUUUCAACAGGGACUUGAAGGAAAUAUUUAUUUAUAUUCAUGUUUGAAAAGUUAAUAAAUCUCAUGAUGAAAUAACUUAUUAUUUACUACCUAUAUUUAAAGUUUGGUCCCAGUCAACUAACUUCAACAUUUUUUGGCAACCUAUUCAAAACAUCCAGCUUCCUCUGGAACAAUUUUGCUCUUGUCUCCUGUUCUGAUUCACAUUCAGGUGCAUAACAUACAUGUAGGACACCACCAUAAAAUGAAUGUGUAUCUAGAAGUCGCUUUGCUAUCCUUGCAGAUUGUAUUCUCUGAUAUUGAACAUGAUAGCAUUCAGUGAAAAUUUCAGUCUGUACAUUAGGUACAACAUAAAUUGACAAAGUUUGACCAUAUUUUGAACAAAGUUUCUUCAACUCUGUGCGCAGGUUGAUAGAUGGUACUCCAUAUAUGAACAGGUGUUGUGAUUCU